GCUGAAGCACCUUCCAGCCCUUCUCUGGUGCCGCCUAUGUAUAGUGUUUCCUUAGAAGACACGUGAUUAUGUGCCCAAUUGUUGCCCCCCUCGUCAUUGAUCACGUGUUUAUGACAGGAAAAACUCAACCGCCAAACAAAAGGGUUUAUAUACACAACACGGAGAGGUUAACAUUACCAUAGCAUACUAACGCUCACAUAUCAUUAGGUUAACCAUCGAUGGACACAUCACGUCGUAUCCCUUCAUCUCAACUAGCCGGGCUGGGUCAGAUUACGGACUACCUUUACAUCAGCAAUGGCAAGACGGCCAAAGACAGCUCGGUUUUAACUCGCCUCAAAAUUACCUGCAUCAUUAACGCUACACAGGACAUGGAAGAUAUUUGCCUUCGUUCUAUUGAAUAUAUUCGGGUGGCUAUCUCGGACUCUCCUGCAUCUAAUCUCCACAAACAUUUCGACACAGUUGCAGAUAAAAUAGAUGCCGUGAGAGCGCAGUGCGGUCGCGUGCUGGUACACUGCUGUGCAGGCGUGAGCCGCUCUGCGACGCUUUGUCUCGCUUACCUCGUGAAAUACCGCGAUAUGUCGCUUAUGGACGCACACACACUGGUCAGGGCGUGCAGGCCAAUCAUUCGGCCUAACUCCGGUUUCUGGAAACAACUGAUUGACUACGAACACAGUUUACAUGGAACGAGUUCUGUAAUGAUGGUGGCUUCACCUUUGGGUCAGGUUCCGGACUUGUAUGAAAAAAAAACUAGGGAUUUGAUACCACUUUAAAUUGGCAUGGCCUGUAAAUGACAUCUUUAGAAAUACGUGUCCUAUCUCCGUGUAAUACUGGAUAAUACAGCAUAUUUUAUGUUCAGAUCCACUCUGCAUUUCGGUAAAUUCAGUGAUGUUUUACAAAACAAAAAUAUUUCAUAUGUAGAGGUAUUAAUUAAUUAGUCUUCAGUACCCUUUAUUCUUUCCCGUUUACUUUAGUAGUACGAAUGGAUGGCAGAAUUAUCACUGUUCUUCAGGUGUAACUUACAUUUCAUGUAUGUUUGUAUGUAGUUUUUUGUAACAUUGUUUUCUAUCAUAUUCCCUGAAACAAUUUAAAAAGACCAGCUCUUUUCAAAUUCUGCUACUGUAUGUUGUCCUUUGUUUCUGAGGUACUUUGCCAGUAGGCUAUUAAAGAUGAAGUCAGGGGUUCACGAAUAAGAACAUGUUAUUUGGUGAAGGUCUCAUAUUCCAGCAAGAUUCUAAAUCUUUCGAGUCCAUUCCAGAAAACAGAAUUUGAAAUGUAUUCUCAUAGCAAAAUGCAGGUUUGUAACAAUUUACCCUGAAAGGUGUUCUGUAAUAAAGAUAAAAUAUGCUCUUAAA